AAGCCAUACGCCGUGAAUAACACAUCGAAGGUUCUAAAACUUUAUUUUUAAAAAUGUAUCAAUUUUUAUUUGUUUUAUUGAGCAUCAGCUUAAUAUCUGCACAACAGUUCUUCGACAGUCCUUGUCCUGAUAGACCAGUUCAACAGGAUUUCGAUCUCACGAAGUACAUCUCUCAUAAAUGGUACGAAGUUUAUCGAUAUAAUGCAAUGUUCCAAAAAGGGUGUGAAUGCUCACGAGCUACCUACACACUCAAUACUGAUAACACUGUCAAAGUACACAAUUGUUGUAAGAAACCUGAAGGCAAUGAGUGUGCAAUUGGAAAAGCUAUUGUGAGCUUUCCAGAACAUUUGCCUUUGGAAGGAAAAUUAAAUGUCGCUUUUAAUGAUCAACCAAUAACAAAGUCAAACUAUUGGGUUCUCUCCACGGACUAUGAAAAAUAUUCAGUCGUCUACACUUGUGGAAAUAUACCUGGAAAUAAAUCUAUUCAAUUUGCAUGGAUUCUCUCAGCCACACCUCAACUUGACGAGUCUGUUUCAGCUCAUGUCAAUGAAUUAAUCGACAAGUAUUUUGAUAGAAGUGCUUUGAUUGUUGUCAAUCAAAGUGAAUCAUUUUGUGAACCAAGAGAUUAAGUUGUUGAUGUGAUUGUGAAAUAAAAGUUUUGAUUCAUGAAAAUAAUUUUUAAUU